AUGCCAGAUGCCAAUUUAAAAGUGGAUGCAUGGAUAACUGUGGAUAUCUUUUCUCACUCUGUCUUCUCCUCUCCCUCUUUUCCAGCCUACUCGGACAAGAUCAAAGAGAUGUCCAUGCUGUCUCUGAUCUGCUCCUGCUUCUACUCACAACCACAUCCCAACAGCCUCUACCAAUGUGGAGGUUCGUGGUGAAGAGCUCUGUGGGUUUGUCUGUGUCCCAUAGAGAUCAUAUAAUUAUAUACAGAAUGUAAUUCUAUGGUUUGUCCAUCCAUCCACCCACCUUCGCUCUUUGUCUCUCUGUCUGUCUCUGUCUGUCUGCACAUCCUUACUUCCCUAAUACCUGCUGUCCUCCACAGACAUGGAGGUGAAGUCCCUAAACAAGCGGGCGUCCGGCCAGGCCUUUGAGGUCAUUCUGAAGUCCCCCGCAGACCUCUCUCCUGACAGGCCCCAGCCCCUGCUCUCUCCACCCAAGAAGGACCUCUCCCUGGAGGAGCUCCAGAAGAGGCUAGAGGCUGCGGAGGAGAGGAGGAAGGUAAACAGAGAACAUGACAGAGAAUGGGUCUCUGCAAUAUCUCUUUCACCAAUAUAUAUUUCACCCCUCAAUUCUUCUCACUCUCCCUCUUCUCAAUCUUUCUCAUCAUCUAUCCCUCUUCCUCACUCCCCUCUCUCUGUUUCUCCCUCUUCACCAUCUCUCUCACUCGUCUCUCUCUGCAGUCUCAGGAGGCCCUGCUCCUGAAGCAGCUGGCUGAGAAGAGGGAGCAUGAGCGAGAGGUGCUCCUCAAGGCCCUGGAGGAGAACAACAACUUCAGCAAGAUGGCAGAGGAGAAGCUCAACUACAAGAUGGAGGUCAACAAAGAGAACCGCGAGGCCCACCUGAACGCACUCAAGCAGCGGCUCCGGGAGAAGGUCAAUUGCCCACUGACUGUCAUUCAAAGCUAUGGCCUAGUCUAG